GAAGUUUCAAUGAACUGAGUUUAAUGAGUAUACUUUUUUGUAAUGAGGCUUAGAGUCAGAAUUUAUUAACUCAUUUAGAUGCUACUUCUGUCUUUUAGGUAGCCAUAAUAUACAAUGGACACAGAACAAACCCUUCACAAUAACAUGGUAUUAGAUUUAAGCCGAUCGAUCGCUCCAGGAAUAGAUGGAUGGACUGAACUGCUUGACCUCUUCAAUAAUAAUCCGUUAUCAAAAACGGAAAUCAACGCCAUUACUAGCAUGCAAAAAUUAUUUGAAAAAUUGGUUGACUAUGAAACAAUUAAAGUAGGUAAAUAUGGAAAAGUGAUAAAGCUACUGCAAUCAAAUGGAAAGGAGCAAUUCAAUGUCCUUGUGAAGAUAAUGCAAAACUGCCAAGAUGCUAUUGCAGAAAUGAAAAAUGCGGCGGGAAAUCAGUUGAAGCCUGCUGACAACACUGGGACACCUAUGCAAAGCGUAAAGAAAUCAGAAGCGCCGAGUAAUCAGUUGACGUCUGAUGACAAGACGGAGACGACAAUGCAGAGCGAUAGGGAACAUUUAUCUCCUGAAGUCACACCACAAAACGUUGGUCCUUCAGGUGGUCCUUCCAGCGACAAAUAUCCUAGGUCAUAUACCAAGCGCGAGGCUCGUGGAAAAAAAGGAUUGAUGGUCAUAUUCAACUUCACUUUCAAAGGCGAAAAUUCGGAAAGAAAACAUGCUCCUGUCGACAAAAAACAUCUCACAGAUUUUUUCAAAAACGAACUGGGAUGGUAUGUAAAGGACCACGAAGAUUGCACCGUAGCUGAAGUUCAAAAGUAUCUCGAACAAGCAAGGACCACUCUGAAGAAAGACAAGUACAACAAUGGAUCAUGCAAAUAUUAUUGUCUGUUUGUUGCAGUGAUGAGUCACGGCGAGGAGGAGUAUUUCAUAACCAAGGGUGGAACCAAAUUUAAAUACGCUGAUGUAUUUAGCGCUUUCACAAACAAGAAAUUACCCGAAUUUGCAGGUAGACCGAAAGUGUUCCUAAUGCAAAGUUGCAAGGGAAAGGAACUACAGAAUGACAUACACAGUGACCAUAUACAUGACAAGUGCCCCAUCUUAGAUGAUUCUGAUAUCUUAGUGAUAUGGGCAACGACACCAGGCUGCAAAGCAUUUGCGAAAUCUUCCGAUGGAUCAUUUCUGAUUGAAGUUACCAUAAAGCACUUCCAGAAGAAGUUUGCAUCAGAUGACGUCGAGUGUAUGCUGAGUGACAUUCGCCGCACCAUUGCGUAUGAUCCAAAGUACCGAUCGACCCCAGACGCAACUGAACCAUACAGACAAAUGCCUUGCACGUGGUCGACACUUACCGAUAAACUUUACCUAAUAAGAUACCAUUGUUUGUUAGGAAAACGGCCUCGAUAAUUUUUUUAAAUAAUUUUGCUCAAUCCACAUCCUUUAUUAUGGAAAUGUUAUAUUAAACUGAAACAAAAUCAGACACUUUUCGAUUGAAAAAAUUGACAAGCUGUGAAAGAACUACUGAGCUCAAAUAACUGUAAUUUUAUGUCUCUAUGCAUAAUGGAACUUCACAUUUUAUAAACUUCUAAUUGUAUUCCUUGUAGUGCACCUGAUGUAUUCAAUUUAUCCUGACUAGCGUUUAUGAUGAUUUGACAGUUUGAGAAAAAAGAACACAACUAUAUAUUGUUUAAAAAAAAAAAUUGGUCACGGCAUGCUAAUAGAAAACUGAUCUUUCCUGUCGCUGAUUGUUGGUCUAUCGUGGUGAAUGGUUUUCAGGCUAAGCACUGACAUUUUAUUCGCAAGGAAUUCAGAAAUUCAGAUAUAUCAAAACCGUGCACUUUGUUUUACAUAAAUGCAGUCGUUAAUACAACCUAAAUGCACAUUGUUUCACAACAUUCCAAUUGAGGAGGGGGCUGAGGGGCGUUUUCAAAAGGGGUCGCAUUGCAAAACCUUCAAAACUUUCCACUCAAAAUAGAGCUGAGCAUCCCUCGGAGGGGCUUAAAGGGGGUCACUAAGUGCAAUAACUGAAACAAUAAUAUUUUGACUACUCUCAUGAAAAUGUAUAGCAAAUUUUGAUGAAGCUUGGUGGUUAUCAUUAACCUAAGAUUGGGAUCCGAAUUUAUACCCACCAUGGGGCUGACCCCCCAGGAGUCUGAGUUGCGAGGCCAAAAGUGGUCAAAUUGGCUGAAAUUUCAGCAAUCUUCUCGCGCAGAAUCAAAUCCUUUCGUGGAUCGAAAGGACCUAAGGUGCUGUAUCAAAAUUAUGGGCAGGGAGUAAUGUUUUUGUUUGGUCUAAAACGGGAAAUUAUAUUUUGGGUGUAUCUUUAUAAUUUUACUUUAUCACUUUAAUAUAUGAUUUUAUCACGUUUGCUGAUAUUUACUAGCUAUAUAAUAAUUUUAGUCGUUCCCUAACAUAAGUUUGUAAAAGCAAGUCCACAACCAAAACAAUAUAUUUAGUUUUAUGUAUGUUAUGUUUUGUCGCAUUACAAUAACAAGUUAUAAUUGUAUUUAACUCAGAUAACCAUUAAUACCUAUGGACCUAUUGUUUAAUCAUCAAAUAUGUAGUUUAUUCUUUUCAA